AGCAGUCAAGAGUGAAAAUCUGUGGCGAGCAGACACUGCUUCCUGGAUGGAAACAAAACAGAAGAGCAGAGCUGACAUACAACCGCACACACACACACACACACACACACACACACGGGGCAGACAGCAGUGAACGGGACGUUAAAACAUGUUUAUAGAUUUUCUUUAAACCCGGUGAGAGUGUGAGAAACGCGGUAUCGAGGCGGCAGUAGCAUUAGGCGUUGACAGCACAGGUUAUUAUUACAGCAGACUGUAUCUACACAUGUGUCUGUGCCACAGUAAGGAGCACUGCGGCUGUGGAUCUGGACUCAGGCAGCUCCUGUAGACAAGGAAUAUGGAAGCUGUAGGUCCUCUCCGUCCCUAGCAGAAGGGUUAGGAGAAGCCUGAUUCCUUCUUACUUCCCUCCUCGCCUGCCUCACCCUUAGAUGGCCAGCAGGAGUCCCACCCUGAGCCAGGAAGCCAGGGACUCAGCACCCGGGACCCCUGAGGCCGGUGCUGACCCCCAGCCGGGACCUGAGGUCUUCUGCAAGCUGUGCCUCAGUGAGCAGCCAUCUGCAGCCACCAGGGAAUUGCAAUGCUGCAAGUGCAACUUCUGCACGGCGUGUUUGCAGCAGUAUGUUCAGCUGGCCAUCAUGGAGGGUGGGGGGGCACCCAUCACCUGCCCAGAUAUGGCCUGCCAAAAGACUGGCGUGCUGCUGGACUCUGAGAUUGCCAGCUUGGCUGCAGCUGGUCAGGUGGAGCUGUAUCAGCGUCUCAAGUUUGAAAGAGGAGUAAAGUUGGACCCCAGAAAAGCCUGGUGCCCAGUGCUUGAAUGCCAGGCGGUGUGCAGUGUGCAGCCCAGCACUGAAGGCCAGCCCACGGCUGUGCCCUGCCUGACCUGUCACACCGUCUUCUGCUCUGGGUGCAGAGGGCCCUGGCAGGACAGCCAUACCUGCCCCGAACGCCAGCCCAUGAUGUCACCCUCACCUUCUCAUGAAAGCAGGGCCCGCUCCGACAGUCACUCUGAUAUGCCCAUCAAACAGUGUCCGAUGUGUGGUAUCUACAUUGAGAGGAACCAGGGCUGUGCACAGAUGCUGUGCAAGAGCUGCAAACACACCUUCUGCUGGUACUGUCUGCAGAAUCUGGAUGGUGAUAUCUUCCUGAGACACUAUGAUAAGGGACCAUGCAGAAACAAGCUGGGACACUCCAGGGCCUCUGUAAUGUGGAACAGAACACAGGUGGUGGGUAUCCUGGUGGGGGUCAGCAUCAUCGUGCUGGUGACAUCUCCACUCCUCCUCCUGGCCUCACCCUGCAUCCUGUGCUGCGUCUGCAAGCCCUGCAGAGGGAAGAAGAAGAAGAAAAAGAGGAAGAAGGGCCUCAGCCAGCCAGAUUCUUCCACAUCAUAGCAGCUCCCUCCCUCUCAUUGGCCUGAUCCAGGAUCACUCAUGAAGCCCGAGGAAACCAACGAAGUGCAAGUGCAAGCUAUGGAAAAGGAAAAACUUACGGGACAAUGGAGUACUUUUUUCUGACUCGACAGACUGGAAGCCUUGUUGGUGGAAUGGUGCAAGUGUAAAUAUGAGGAGAACAAGUGGAACCUAGUUGUUUACAGAUGCACAACAGGUUGCAAGGAGAGGGUGGUGGAGAGCUUUCCUGGACACGGCUCUCUUUCCCUUUCUUUCUUUCUUUCUUUCUUUCUUUCUUUCUUUCUUUCUUUCUCUCUCUCUUUCACACACACACACACACACGCACAUGCAAGUGCAAUGCCACCCUCAUGUGCCAAAUGUCAUGAUGCCAAACCAGAGGUGUUAGGUGCUCAAGUGCCUCACUCUACAGUGCCUGGUGCUUGGUUGUUGUAUUUGCUUUGCCUUCCAUUCUAUCUUUAUCUUAUGCAAAAAAUUUAGCAUUAUGAAAAUGGACAACUGUCAGGAUCACACAGGGUUGUAAAUCCCUAAAAAAUGCAAAAUAUUCUUUCAUAGUGGGAGAGGGCAAAUGGCAUCAUGUGUGCACUGUAUAUUCAUUCUAAACUGAUAUGAAAUAUAUGAUAGGGCUUCAGUGGUGCACAGAGAUCUUUUCUUCUGCAAAUGUUCCACCUGGUAUAUUCCAGACCAAAGGAUGAUGUGUACUUUUCUAAAGUGUGUUAAUAUGUAUUUAUGGGUUAUGUGUGUAUGGUAUCCUGUUAUCAUUUCUAUAUUUCUGUUGAUGUUUCUGCAUCAGAUAUUUUAUAAAAGUGCCAUUGUAAUUAAAAUAAACAUACUGUAUUGAACACA